CUCAUUCAGUGCCGCGCCGCCAUUUGCUGGUAUACCAAGGACCACUCGAGACACGGGCCUCGUGCAUUGGUGCAAGACGAGCGCAAACACAUCGAGGGGCUUCAGCCAGACCCGUUUCCUCCGUGUCCGUGCCAGCCGGGCGUGCCAGAUCUAGCCGGAACUGUCUCCCGAUGGUAGAAGACAAAGAAAGCGGUGCAACGCCGCAGUGGAGGCAGUGGAGGUAUGGCAGAGGCCUAGGGAACCCGCAUGGAAAACGAAGAGACGACGCUGGUCGGGGUGCGGGGCAGCCAGGCGGCCGUCGGCCUGGGCGACCCGUUCAUCAACAGCGCCCUGGUGCACACUGGCAGCGCCUGUCUCAUCUUCUUCGUGGUCUUCAUCUUCGUGCUGCCGGGCAUCCUGCUCACCACGCUCAAGCGGGAGAAGCCCUUCGUGCUGCAAGACAUGCGCCCGCCGGGUAGCGCCGCCUCGCAGCAGAGUGCCGGGCCCGACAGGCCGCUCGUCGUGUGCAUGAUCAACGUGUCCAGCUACAACCGGGAGCCGCCCAUGCGGUACAGUCCCGAUCAGGUGCCCUCUCCGUGGUGCUCGCAUGUGGUGUUCCCACUGUCGGGCGCCGCGGACUGGACCGAAGACAUGCUCCAUUACGACUACACGCACAAGGUCACGCAUCCGAACCUCUACCGCGACAUGGUUCGACUCAAGAAGGUCCGGCCUGCGCUGCGCAUCCUCGUCUCCGUAGGCGAUCACGAAACGAGCAACAACCUGUUCCGAUACGCGGCCGAAACCAUGCACAGCACGGUGCAGUUCUGCAGCGCCGUGUUACGCUGGACGCUGGGCAACGGCUUCGACGGACUGGUCAUCCACCACAUGUUCACGGGCAGCACUGACGACAACCGUCGUGGCAUCGUCAUCCUCUUGCAGAAACUCUGGGUGCACUUCGAGCGGCACGGACUCACCCUCGUCCUGGUGUUCGAGCCAGAGACGGACCUGUUCGACAAGCCUCUCCUCGGAGGAAAGAUCUGCUCGUACGUCGACUACGCGGUCGUGGUGGCCCACGGCUUCCGCAGUCAGGUCUUCGCGGAGUUCUCGAGUCCUCUGCGAGGCCCGGGCAACCAGACCUUCGACUCCGCCGUCGAGCGAGCCAUCUCGAGCGGCGUCCCCGUACACAAGCUGAUCCCCAGUGUGUCUUUCGAGAGCAUCGCUUACACGCUUGACGAUGGUUCCGACCACAGACCCGGCUCGGUCCUGCUGGCCGGUAUGAGCCGCGGUCUGCCGGGUCCCAUUACCAAGAACCCCGGUGCCCUGGCCUACUUUGAGCUCUGUCGUCAACUGCAGUCAGGAAACUGGACUCGGGUCUGGGACCCGCGGGCUGGAUGCGCUUACGCUUAUUCCGGGGACCAGUGGCUGACCUUCGAAGACGAGCAGAGCCUGACCCUGAAGGCGGACUACGUGCGGAAUCGCUCCCUCGCUGGAGUCAUGAUCUGGGACGUGACGAGCGAUGACUACCGGGGCUACUGUGGCCCUUCCAACAUCCUGGUGCAGACGUUGUACGAGAAUUUUCAGAAGCAUUAG